AUGAAAGCAUUUGCAUUAGCCAGCUUUCUUGGUAUAGUGUAUGCUUUCUCAAGAAACAUUGAAUUUAUUCAUAAGAGAUCUGACUCAGAUCCAUCACAAAAUCCAUCACAAAAUCCAUCACAAAAUCUAUCACAGAAUUCAUUAGACUUAUCAUUCGAUUUAUCAUUAAAUUCAUUAAGUGAAGAAAAAAUUAUAACUUUAAUUCUAGGAAAAGACGCAAUAGAGUCUCAAUGUGAAGAAAAACUACAAAAGUACUGCAACAAUUUAAAAAGUAUGACCUUGGAGCCAAAGAACGUGCAUCCUACAUUAGAAGGACUUUGUAAAAAUGCAAAACAGAAAUGCAAAAAUCUUAAAACUCAAAUUGAUACUUUCAUAUAUAAUACCGAAAAUUCUCUUCUAUAUAUUUAUGCAGAACUUGUAGAUGGAAAUACCGAUUUAUAUCAAACUUAUUGUAAUUAUGCGCAUUCUCAAUCUAUUUUUUUCCAAGAUUUUCCUAGUUUUUUAGCUACAUGUAAUGGUAUAGCUGACCAAUGUUAUAGAAGAAGAAGUAAAGAAAUAGCAUAUGAAAUUCUUAUAAGGGCUUUUGGUAGAAAUUUAAAAGGCAGAAAUACAUGUGAAAUCAUGAUUAAAGAACUUUGCUUAAAACUAAGUACUGAAAGUUAUUAUUUACUAUCACAUUGUUUCCUUCAAGAACAAACAUGUGAGAUUCUUGUUACAAGGGCGGCUAAUGACUGCCAAACUCUUAAAAAUUUUCAAAGUAUAUAUGGAGCUACUUCAAUAGAAAAAACCUGUUACUCUCUUUUUGAGAAAUGCUAUCUUCUCUCAUCAAUCUGUGAAGAAGGUAUACAGAGAUGUAAGAAUAUUAAAGAACAAUGCAAACAAAAAAAUAUAGAGUACCCUCUCUUUCCUUUCUUCCCUCACCGUUUUUCUUUUAACCCAAUAGAAUUUUCGCUUACACUACAAGAGAAAAUAGGUCUUGAGCAGCUUUAUGUAGAUGCAUUAAAUUAUGGUAUUUUUUUGAAAAAGUCUUUAUUAACAGAUCUUUCUCGUUUUUUAGUGUUUACAAAUUAUUAUGAUGGAUACCUUGAAUCAAUAAGAUACAAUAAUACUCAAAGAUGUGUUGCUUAUUUAAGGGAAUGUUCUUCUUUUGGAUACUUAACAAAAGAAUUAACAGCUCUAUGCAGUACAAAAAACAAAGACGAAACAUGCAAACAAUUAAUAAAUGAGCUACAAGAUGAAUGCAACACUCUCAGCUUAGACCUCUAUAAGAAAAACUUCACCUCCAUAACCGUUGAUGUUCAAUCUAUACCCUUAACCUACUCUUCGAAUGAAACAUCAGAAACAAUUUCAGAAGAAGAGUGUGUAGCCCUUAUCCAAAAGUGCAAUUAUCUAGAUCCAUUUUGCGAUGAUAUUAUUUUUGAUGCGUGUAAUAAUCUAAGACGAGCAUGUUCUAAGUUAGCAUUCUACAAAUCAGCAUACGAAGUAUUAGAAGAGGGACUGUUUGGUUUGCUUCACAAUUUAACUUCAAACAGACUUAAGGAAUGUGCAGCUAAAUUAGUGAAAAACUGUCAAGCAGUUAGAUACAACAGUAUAGAUAUACUCUCAAUGUGUCUAAGACCAAAAGAAACAUGCAAAGCACUUGCAGAAGAUGUUAAAAAGAAAAGUCUCGAUUUACAACAUAUUUUAGAUAAAACAAGAGAUUAUCCACGAGAAAAUAAUUGUAUCAUUUUAGAAAAAAAAUGCAAAGAUCUAACAAAAGAUUUUAAUGAACUUAAUGCUCCUUGUAAUACACUAGAAAUGCAUUGUGCUCAUUUAAGGAAUACAAAAGAACUAAAAAAGAUUUUAUUAAGUAAAAAUAGUGAUAUUCUGGUAAAUGUUAAUAAAUGUACAACAUAUUUGAAUGUGAAGUGCCCUCAAUGGCUUAAAAGGAAAACAAAUAUGUUUACUCUUACAUGUGUAGCACACUAUAAAACAUGUGUUAUAAUAGUUGAAGAUAUAAAGAAUCAUUGUUCUGCACUCCAACAAAAUAUGAAAAACUAUAAAGUUAUUGAACAGUCGAAUAAUGAAGAAAACGAUAAUAUUUGUUUUCUUUGGGAAAAAUACUGUGAUAUGCUUAUAAAAAAUUGUCUUCACAUGCCAAAACAAGGCAACAAUGACUUAAACAGACUUUGUUCAAAGCUCAAAGAAAAUUGCAGAGUGGUUCGUGAGAAAGAAUCCUUAUUGAAAGCCCUCGUAUAUAAUAUGAAUAGCUCCUUAAUACAAAAAAAUGCAUGUGUUCAGCAGUUAAAUAACUAUUGCACAAAGUUGACACAAUCAAACGAAACUCUUAAAAACUUAUGUCAGAAAUAUAACAAGAAUGAAAUAAGGGAAAAAACUUGUAAUAAGUUCAUUACUUGGAUAGAAAAAAUCUGCAUUACAUAUUCAACUAAACUGAAUAAAGCAGCUAAAGACUUAAAAGAUAAACUAGAUGAAUUCAAAGAAACUAAAAAAUUGACAGAAAAAGCUGUUAAUGGUUCAGGUUUAUUUUUAGGAAUUCCCCCAACAAGAAACAGAAAACAAAAUCAUCAUCUUAAUAUACGUAGCAAUAUUGUAACCCACAUCAAGCAUCUAUUCAAUGAAAAUAUCCUGGAUAUGCAAACAUCAAUGCAUUAUGGAUUAGCAUAUAGUUUAAUGUCUUUACUUGUAGACUUAUAUUUGGAAGCUAAAGCUAGUUGUGAUCAUUUUAUUGUAGAAUGCUCUUUUGAAAACGAUUGUCCUACUUUUAAAGAUUUAUGUGACAAAAUACGCAAAUUCUGUAGGGAGUUUCUGUUACCUAAAGCAAUUUCUCUAACAUUUGCAUCUGCAUCUACGUCUACAUCAACAAUAACAAUUACAGAUUCAACGACUAUAAAGGCCCAUAUAACAACUAAUAUGACAAAAACAAUGAAUGAGAAAUGCACAUCCUAUACAAAAAUUCAUACAAAAAUCAACUGGAUGACAACUGAAUCGAUAUUUACGGAAACAACUAUAUCAUCAAUAAUAGUAUCAACAGUAUCAGCAAAAGAAUGCGAGCCAGCACCAUGCAUAAGAGAAAAAAAAACACAAGCAGAAGAAUUUGAAAAUGAAGAUGGAGCAAAUAAUAUAGUACAGAAUAAAGAAAUAAAAAUAUCUGAAUUAAAAGUAAUGAAUAUUAUUAUAUGGUUAAUAGGAAUCUUUGUUUUAAUUUAG